AAAUGUUUGGAAACAAAAAAAAGGAGAGAUAACAGGCUAGUGUGAGGCCAAAAGUGGUACUCGACUGCAGACGCAAAAAGCAAGACAGGUUUAUGACAGGAUCUAUGGCUCUGUCUGCCCAUGGGAUUAUGCGCCCCAAGUACAGAACCUUAUUGCAUUCAUCUUUCACUACACAUAAAGUAUCAAACUUGCCUCAACAAUUCAAACUUGAGAGUUAUACUACUAUUACUACUACUUCCAAGAGACCAAUCUCUAUAAACGCCUUGGCAGCAAAGACAACUGAGCACUCUGAUAUCCAAGUCCAAUCACUUCCUCCAAAUUCCGUUAACGGAUGGGCUGCGUUUGCUAAAAAUGUAUCGGGCGAAUGGGAUGGAUUUGGAGCAGAAUUUACCAAGAAUGGUGAGCCGAUUGAAUUACCGGAAUCUGUAGUCCCUGAAGCAUACAGGGAGUGGGAGGUGAAGGUAUUCGAUUGGCAAACUCAAUGUCCUACUCUUGCUCAUGAGGAUGACUCCUUCUCUUUCAUGUACAAGUUCAUCCAGCUCCUUCCCACUGUUGGCUGUGAAGCUGAUGCUGCAACUAGGUAUACCAUCGACGAGAGGAAUAUUACUGAUGUCAAUGUUUCUGCCUUUGCAUAUCAAUCCACCGGAUGUUAUGUGGCCGCCUGGUCCAAUAAUAACAAUGAAAAUACAUGGGAGUUGGAGCAUUGUUUGAUUGAUCCUCGGAAAAAUGAGUCGAGGGUGCGAAUUGUUCAGAUUGUGCGCCUUGAAGAUUCUAAGCUGGUAUUGAAAAGCAUUAAGGUGUUUUGCGAGCAUUGGUAUGGGCCGUUUCGAAACGGUGAUCAGUUGGGUGGAUGUGCGAUUCAAGAUUCUGCAUUUGCUUCUACCCAAGCCUUGGACCCUGCACAGGUCACUGGUGUUUGGGAGGGUAAGCAUGCUAUCUCCAGCUUCGACAAUACUCCUGAAAAAGUUAUUCAAGAGCUUGUUGAUGGCAGCACCAGGAAGACAGUAAGAGAUGAAUUAGAGCUUGUUUUGCUCCCAAGGCAACUCUGGUGUUGUUUGAAAGACAUUGCAGGUGGCGGAACUUGCUGUGAAGUUGGGUGGCUGUUCGAAAAAGGACGUGCCAUGACGUCCAAAUGCAUAUUUUCUGAUAAUGGGAAGUUAAAGGAAAUAUCUAUAGCACGUGAAAGUGCAGCAUCAGCAUAAUAGUGCCAGUUACCUGCAACAUUGGCACAGUCAUAUGGCCAGAGCAGUUAGAAGACAACUGUUCAAUUUCCCUUUCCCAGAAUUAAACUAAUGAACGGGAAGUAUAUAAUUGUAUGUUCAACAUAGUUUUAUUCACAUGUGACAACCAUUCUCUGUAUAAUAUUGGUCUAAGAUAAAUGAUAUUGAUCUGAUAUGAAAGAAAUCGCAGAUGUUUUGAUGGGA